AUGAGAUCUGACAUAACCUAGAAUACAAAAUUCUCCAACCAGCGUAGAUACCGAAUUGCGGUAGUAUAUUAUUUGUAUUUAUUUAUCAAUAAAUUUAUAUUAAAACAAAGUGGCAAUGUCUAAAUCAUGGCGCCCUAAAAACUGUGCUAGAGUUUUGCACAAAGUCAAAGAAGUCUUGGCCCCUUCAGAACACGACACUUACCUAAUCAAUCGCAAUCCCAGGAACCUGGAAAAACUACGCAUAGCUUACAAGCCAAUUGGUUAUCAUUUGGAAAAACCAGGCAGAACUUUUUGGCACAAAUUAGAUCUAAAUGUGUCUGGGAAAUAUGUCACCGCAGAAGUAAAGCAUUUCGAAAAUGGUCCUGUGCUCUCGGCCAGCACAUCCGAGUGGGCAAUCAAAAAGCAUCUAUUCAGAACUAAAGACACUAGUGCCUUUGUGAAUCUAGGACGUGUGUUGGCACAACGUUGCAUUCAAGCAGGCAUCACUGAGAUGUCUUGCAACAUUGAAGCUGUUCCCAAUGGAAAAGUCGAUAAAUUCCUAAAAAUUAUGGAAGAGAAUGGAGUAAGUCUACAAGAGCCCGAGAGAUUCAAAACCCCACAUCCAUGGGAUGCCUAUAGACAAGAAAAAUAUUGGGAAACAAGCGAAUAGAUUUAGCUUUGUGUAUUUAUUUUAAGUCCAAUAAAAUUUACAUUGCAAUUAAAUUUAA